AUGGAGGGUGGAAAUGACAAACACGGCUCACCAGAGUCGAGGUGGAACGGAGCGGUGUGUCAAAUGGGAACUGGGAUCGCUUUCGUGGCUGCUAAGAAUGCCGGAGUCGAUGUACUCCUACACGACCAACUUCCGGCCGCGCAGAAAAAAGGUCUCGCUUUUAUCGACAAGUUGUUAGCCAAGGAUGUCGCCAAAGAAAAGCUGUCUGAACAGGAGGCCAAAGGAGUCCGGGACCGAGUUCGAGCGAUUGGAGAUCUGAACGAAAUGGGUCAAGUCGACCUGGUGAUCGAGGCAGUGGCCGAGAAUUUGCCCCUCAAACAAACACUCUUCUCUCAACUUGCAUCGAUCUGUAAACCAAGCGCGAUUCUUGCAUCCAACACCUCCUCCAUUUCGCUCACCAAGAUCGCCGCCUCAGCCAUCAAUCCCAACCACAAUCCUCAACAAGCGACUCAUCCCGAUCCUUCGCCCUCUCGAGUCGUCGGGUUACAUUUCUUCAACCCAGUGCCCGUCAUGUCACUUGUCGAACUCAUCGCAGCAUUGCAAACUUCUCAUGAUACUUUGGACCGGGCCAGAGAGUUCGCUGUCCGAUGUGGGAAAGUCGUGACGGUUUCAAAGGACACUCCUGGCUUCAUUUCCAACCGAGUUCUUAUGCCAAUGAUCAAUGAGGCGAUUAUCUGUCUCGAAGAAGGAGUCGCCACUCGCGAGGACAUUGACCAAACAAUGAAACGUGGUACCAAUGUGCCAAUGGGUCCGCUCACCCUAGCCGAUUUCAUUGGAUUAGAUACGUGUCUAUCGAUCAUGCAAGUUCUUUACAACCAAACCUCUGAUUCUAAAUAUCGUCCUUCAGUCCUCCUGAGUCGCAUGGUUGAUGCUGGGUGGCUAGGUAAGAAGGUUGGUAAGGGAUUCUAUGAGUAUGACGGUUGA